CCUGCUUGUAUGGGCAGUAUAUGGGCUUGCAGCAGCUUGCAACAAAUUUGUUUACGGCGCUGUCAUCAAAGCCAAAGCAGACCACCACGUGGUUUUGUUUACGCGCGCGAACACUACACAUGCUCGGCAUGUGCACCGAAUUUUAAUGUGCGGCACAGCGGAGUUGUUCGGCCAAGGGAUGAUUCCUGCAGGUCACAAGAGCAUUCAGUGUAGCGAUCACUAUGUAAUGCCUUGCUUACCGCAAGACAUUGAUUACUCCACAGCCGCGCUGAUAUUUUUGGACAGGGCGGCGAAACCUUACGACCCCCUCGAGGUAUUCGAAGGGCUGGAAAAAAUUAUCGACUCCGAACACGUGAGUCAACUUGGCCCCUUCGACUGCGAGCACAUCUGGCUCGUCCGCUUCACCAGUCGGGAAAUUCGAGACCGUCUCACUCGCGAACAAGGCAUCAUGUGUAAAGAUCGAACGAGCUUCUGCUUGGAGCCCCUGACUGAACAUUCGUUACACAGAGGAAGAUGCGUUCCGAAUGGGAUAGGUUGGUCUUGUGGGGCGCGGCAUCCUGACUACUGGUUGAAACUGUUGGACUGCGAUAUUUCCUCAACUGUUGGGGACACACAUUUUGGACUUUCAAGGUCGUACAGCUGGGACUGUGAUCCGGUCGGUCGGCGCUACGAAGAUUCCAUCGUUGAGUCGAGCGGUGACGUCGACGAUUACUUGGAGCUCGAAGCGCAGCAAGAAGAACUACUGAUGAAAGAGAUGGGCUUGCCGGUCUCUUUCAAGACAUCGUCCAAGUCUGCAAAAGCCAAUAAGUCAUUAGGUAUGCCCGAGGACGACACCAUCUACGCAGAAGAAAGCGACGCGUUCGAUUUAAAUAUCGAAUGGGAGAACUUUUGGCAGCAAAAUGGAGAGAAUCUUGUCUGGCAAAGCUGGGUAGACAAGUAUGGCGAUUAUAUAAAUCCUGAAUACUGCAGACAGGCUGAAUUUAGCGCAGAAAACGAAGGAGUUCGAGGAGUUGACAUCACAACAUCUGCUGGAGAAAAUGAUGCCAAACAGCACGACGAACUUAAGCCCGCGCCAGAAGAACAGCAUGUUUCUACGAAAUCUGACGAUGAAAUCUGGCAAGAACUGUGGAACCAGAAUUAUGAAGAUGUCUACAGUCAUUACUACAGCCACUUUGUACAUAAUAAGUCUAGUCCUGUAAAUAGUUCAAGCAUAACGGAUACCACGGCCGUCUCGAGUGAGAAGCUUGCGCUGAACGACAAUAACCCCGUUGUCGAGGACGACGACGCAAAACAAUUUUCCGGCGACAGCGUCGGCGACGAAAGUGGGAGACUUCCAAUGUCAGUUUAUGACGACAACAUUGCGGACGCUUUCGUGGAAGACGAGAACGCCAUUGAGGCAAUGAGACAGAUGGGGCUGCCUGCACAGUUUUGUUCAGCAAAUCAGAAGAAGUCGAAGAAGAAGAAGAAGAUGAAAAGCAAAGCAAACAUCGCAUCAGAAGCAUCCACAUGGAAAUCGUACUGGGAAGCUCACGGGAGUUCCAUCGUUUGGGACUCGUGGACAAGUACCUAUCCCGAAUUUCUGGAACCGGAAUUUCUGUCGUCUGCGGUGCUGGACCCAAGUCCACCAGAACCGUACGGAAGUGUCCCGGACUUAUGCGAAAGCGAAAUGGGAGGAAUGAACGUUACACGUGCCGAUGCGAGUUUCUGGCAGGAUCUGUGGGACAAGCACUACAUCAAGGUGUACGCCUACGAACAUCGAUUGUACAGGGAAAGUAUUUUAAAGAGAGAGCAGGCGGCUAUCUCCGUGAAUGGAAACGCCGACGGGGCGGGGGAAGAGUACGACAUGGAGAGUUCUCCGAGCGAAACGAGAGGAACCAGCCGGAACGCGAACGGAGGAGGAGAUAGCUCUCUUAGUAACAAGGCGACAGAUGGCACAACGAGGAACAGAAGUCCGAGCAACGGAGACGGUGGUGGGGGUGACGGGGAUGAACCGCCGGACGAAAGACCCGUGAAGAUAAAAAAGAGUCACGAAGAAGACUGUAACUCGGACGAAGAGGAUGCAUUUGGGGCUCUUCUUGCUUAUGGGGUUGCACUGCGCGAUAACCUGAGGAUGAAGAAUGUGAAAGCGCACGUGAGAAACAAAAAGAAACGGAAGAAACUUCGCAAGCAAGGAGGCCUGAGUCAUCCUACGGGGUCACAUGGCACGGAGGACACGGCGGAAGUGCAGGCCUGCAGUGGAGAAAUCUCCUGGCCAGACUAUAUCAAGGAGAGACCUCAGCUGCAAAAGUACUGGGCCCAGAGGUAUCGACUCUUCUCAAAAUUUGACAGGGGCAUCCAACUUGAUGAAGAAUCCUGGUUUUCUGUUACACCGGAACAAAUAGCCAAGCACAUAGCCAGAAGAUGCAAAGGGGACAUUGUCAUUGAUGCCUUCUGCGGUGCUGGAGGAAAUACCAUUCAGUUUGCUCGUGCCUGUCCACUUGUGAUAGGGAUUGACAUAGACCCCAAGAAAGUGGAGAUGGCUCAAAACAAUGCCGCCGUCUACGGGGUCCAAAAUAAGGUGGAAUUCAUCGUGGGAGACUUCCUGCACAUCGCUCCAACACUCAAGGCAGACGCCAUCUUCUUCAGUCCGCCAUGGGGAGGACCCACAUAUCAGCAACAGAAGUCGUUCGACCUCAGAGACAUCGUGCCAGACAUUUUCAACGUCUUUGCAAUCUGUCGUACUAUUACAAGUAACCUUUGUCUUCUGGUCCCAAGAAACACUGCGGCUGAUCAGCUUGCAGAACUGGCCGGACCCGGAGGACGAGUUGAAAUAGAGCAGAAUUUACUAAAUGGGAAAAUCAAGACGAUAACGGCUUACUAUGGAGACCUCAUCACAAGAUCAUGAUCAAUCAUCCUUCAAGUCACGGUAUCCAUCUUCCGAUUUUUGAAAAUGUGGCAAAUAUUGCGUUAUAUAUAGUUUGCACAAACAUACUAAAUAUCAUAAUAAAACGCAACCUGCAUUGUC